GUUUUCUAUUAUUAUAUUGGCUAUGCAUGGCUAGGUUCUCAACGAGGCAGCCACAAAACAACUCUCGAUCCGUAAGCGUUUCUCUAUCAAGAAAAUAUGGCGCUAAAGUUGCUUGCUCAUGGUUUCGUCAAAAUUUACUACUUUUUAUCGUUAUCGGUGUAGCAGCUGGCUUUAUCAUAGGCUUAACCGUGAACGACGCCGUGCAACACUCAAAAGACCCUUCACCAAAGGAAUUAACAAUGUACAUAGCGUUUGCUGGUGAAAUAUUUCUUCGAAUGUUGAUGAUGAUAAUUUUACCACUGAUAACGUCCAGUAUAAUAGUCGCAGUUGCCGUCUUAGACAGCAAGUCAACUGGAAAACUGGGAAAGCGUGCUCUUAUUUAUUACUUGUCCACGACACUGCUCGCUGUUGUCGUUGGUAUUAUUUUGGUUUCAUCCAUCAAACCUGGCGAAAAGGCAUCUACUAGGAAACCUAAAGAACAAGCGCACGCUGAAGCUGUUCAUUCCAUCCUUGAUUUAGUAAGAAACUGCUUUCCGGACAAUAUUGUUGGUGCUGCAUUUCAAUCUACAUCUACAAAAUUUAUAAAGAAACAUAAAGGAUUUGAAUUUGUGAAUAAAACAUCAGACAACUAUAAAAACUCGUUGAAAAAUCUUACUGAACUGUUGAAAGAUGAAUUUGUAAACCCAUGGAGUGUUUCAAACGAAAAAAGCGAAUUUCAAGUCAUUAAAAAAUCAGGUUCAUAUUACGAAUAUGAUGGUCUCGAAAAGAAAGAUCGAUUGAAUAUACUUGGAGUUUUAGUAUUUUCUAUUAUGUUCGGUGUCGUCCUUAGUAAGAUGGGCGAGCAAGGGAAACUGAUGACCGAAUGGUUCACUGUUUUGCUAGAAGUGACAAUGAAGUUAGUGGAGAUCAUUAUGUGGUUUUCUCCAAUUGGUAUCUGCAGUCUCAUAGCAGGAAAACUGGCAGGAAUGGAGAACAUAAAAGAUAAUCUUGAAGGUCUUGGAAUGUACAUGAUGACGGUUAUCGUUGGACUUUUCAUACAUGCUUUUAUCACAUUACCCAUAAUAUACAUCGUUGUUGUGAGAAAAAAUCCAAUUCCUGUAUUUUUCGGAAUGUCAAAUGCCUUCCUUACAGCGUUUGGAACAUCUUCAAGCGCUGCAACAAUGCCUGUGACAAUUAAAUGUCUCGAAAAAAACAACAACGUUGACCCUCGGAUUGUACGAUUUGUUAUUCCUAUCGGAACGACUGUUAACAUGGAUGGAACCGCCUUGUACGAGGCUGUUGCUCCGAUUUUUCUUGCUCAACGCUAUUAUGGUGGAUCUGUUGACUUGGGAAAAACAUUUCUUGUGUGUAUAACUGCAACAGCUGCAUCAAUAGGCGCGGCUGCCAUACCAUCUGCAGGUCUGGUCACAAUGAUAUUUGUAUUGCAAGCGAUUGGUCUUCCACCCGAUGAGAUUGCUUUGAUCGUGGCAGUUGAUUGGUUCCUAGAUCGUGUUCGUACGACAGUGAAUGUUUGGGGCGAUUCCUUGGGAGCUGCAAUAAUUGAGCAUAUUUCAAAGAAAGAUCUACUUGCUGCGGAUUACAAUAAAGAGCUUUCUAAUCGUCAAACUCGUGCGAAGGAUGAAUUAACACUCCUCGAUAAUACAACGGAUGAAAUUACAUACAUGUGACAGUUAUUUGAGUUAUAAUUAAGAUGAUGGCCCUGAGGCUUUGAAUGUGUUUCUUGAAUCGUGUUUGUCUUGUGUUGCAAGUUGUGGUUUGUCGAGAGAGCUUCGUUAUGAAACGGAGUGAAAGCUUUCUUUUUGUUUUUCAAUUAAAGAAAAGCUGUUGAACGGAUA